GUGUUCUAUUCGAGUGCUGAUUAGAAAUGCUUAGAAUUCAACAUGUGGUACCAUGGAUGAUGUUCAUAGAUAUCGGCCAAUGAAGUCGUUAGAGGGCGCUCGGGCUGUGCCAUUGUUGUAAAGAGCAAUUAGUAGCAUUGCCCUUCACUCAACAGAACCAAUCUGCUGUGUCUAAGGCAAGCGGUUACUACAGGUUAUUUGCAAAAUGACUUCAUAUUAUUGGCUUUUUGGAGGCGAUUUUCCAGUAUCUUCCUUUAGUAGCCCCAGCAGUAGCAAUGGAAGUUGUGACGAUCUAAGCCAUAUGUCCAAUGACAGCACAUCCUCCAAUGAUGCAUCUCCAGGAGGUAAGUUUAGCAGCCCCUAGAACAAACCGAAGUCGAACGUUGAAAUUCUUAUUGAAAUAUCUCGACAUGGACUUUCUGAGGAGUAUAGCUAAGAGGUGAUGUGAAGAUCUACACAGCGUGCUCUGUUGAUGGCGUCGCGCGAAGCAGUGAUGUUUCACGUGGCUGAGUGGCCGAAUGACGAUGCUUCAGAUCCAGUGGACGUUUAUCGUCAACUCCUAGAAUUCACCCGCCGUAACACGCACCCUAUGCCGGGAACUAGUUAUAUACCAAUGUUGUCAUGGUCUGAAGAACGUAAUCCGUCUGUACCAGUGAACGACAAAGGCACCAACCUUCCACGAGCCCUGUCGUACCCCUGGAAUACGGAUAAUUUCGUUUGCAAUCCGACUCAUGUAUGGGACAAAUCGACGGAACUUCAGCACUACAACUCCUCACCGUAUUCUAAAAAAUGUACGGUUUCUGAGGAACCUCACAGACGUUAUAUUGACGACGUGAAUCAUACGAUGAGAAAUAUGGUGCAGGAUUUUGAUUGGGAUCCAGUUAUUUCCAGAUCCUUCAAUGAUGCCAGUUGUUUGUCUAAUUCGGCGCAUCCGGGUAAAACAAGUCCCAGCACUUCGUCGAGCUCCCGUAAACAGCGGCCGAAAAAACAAGAGAAACCUAGCUUCAGCAACUCGCCUGAACUGUGUAUAACGAUUGUAUGUAUAUGCAUGUGCGCAUAUUUAUAUGUUAAUUGGUAAACGUUGACGCAGUCGAAAAUAUAGUGACUCAAUUGUUCGCGUAACUGAAAACUCGGCUAGCCUAUGAGUCCGAUUAAAGGGCUUUGUUAACUAGAAAGAAAGUCACCGUUAAGUAACGAAUCUCUGGGGACAUGACUGUGCUAACUUUUCCAUUCAAGCUAGCCCUCUAUAAGAAUAAAUAAAAACAGAACAGCUCGGUGGCUGUACCGUGCUCGCAGAGCACCUUAAUUAAAAGCAGGCCAACUGGCGAGCAGGAAUCACAAGCAGUAUUCUGGUGCCAAUUCUGCGCAUAAACUCGAAAAAAAAAAAAACACGGAAAAGAGUUACUUUUG